GUUUGAAGUCUAGCGUUUCGUCUGUGUUGCUGAGUGGAGAACUCAAUGCUGUUAGUCUUAUUUCAGCUCCUCGUGGAGAGCUUGUAGGAGAACAGGAAUCAAGUCUGUUGCAGAGGCUGGUUAAUAGCAAAGAACUUCAUUCACUGAUGGAAAUAGCUGACACCAAACUGAAUGCUGUAUUUGAAGUAGACACAGAUCUUCAGAAGGAUGUCUGGUUGAAAAUUACAGCAGAAAUGGCCUGGCCUUCCAUACUUAGUUCACCACGCCAUCUAAGCUUCCCUCUUACCAAUACAAACAGUUCAUCAGAAGAAGAGAUUUUUCUAGAAAAUCCAGCUGACGUUCCUGUGUAUGUUCAGUUCCUUCCUGUAGCUCUGUAUUCUAACCCAUUCACCUUUGUUGACAAAAUGUUAGAACGGUUUAAUUUGAGUAAGCCAACGAAUUUCAAUCCGAGGACUCUAGAGUUCCAGGUCUUCAGAAAUUGCGUUCAGCCACUACACAGCACUGUAGGACUUACAAAGGGCCUGGCUCGUCAUUCAGUUUUAAGCAUAAUAUUAAAACCUGGUGAGAGAAAAUCUGUCAAAGUAAAAUUCACUCCAGUUCAUAAUAAAACUGUUUCAUCAUUAGUUGUUAUCAGAAAUAAUUUGACUGUAAUAGAUGCCAUAAUAGUACAAGGACAAGGAACAACUGAGAGCUUGAAGGUUGCAGGCAAAUCUCCUGGUCCAGGAAGUUCUUUACGCUUUAAAAUCACAGAAGCAUUAUUAAAAGACUGCUCAGAAAAAAUGAAAUACAAAGAACCGAAUUUCACACUGAGAAGAACAUUUAAAGUGGAAAACACAGGACAGCUGCAGAUUAAUGUGAAAACUAUGGAAAUCAGUGGCUAUACAUGUGAAGGAUAUGGAUUUAAAGUAGUUAACUGUCAUGAGUUUGCACUAAGUGCCAAUGCCUCUAAAGACAUUGUCAUAUUGUUUACACCUGAUUUCACUGCUUCCAGAGUCAUACGUGAAUUAAAAUUCAUUACUGCAGGAGGCUCUGAAUUCAUAUUUGUCUUGAAUGCAUCCCUUCCAUAUCACAUGUUAGCAACGUGUGCAGAAGCACUGCCCAGGCCCAACUGGGAACUGGCACUGUACAUAAUCAUCUCAGGAAUAAUGAGUGUGCUCUUUCUCUUGGUAAUUGGAACAGCCUAUCUAGAAGCUCAAGGAAUUUGGGAGCCAUUUAGGAGACGCUUGUCCUUUGAGGCCUCAAACCCUCCCUUUGACAUGGGAAGGCCACUUGAUCUCAGGAGAAUAGUUGGAAUUUCAUCUGAUGGAAACUUGAAUGCGCUUGGAUCAGAUUCUAAUCACAGUUCAUCCAGAGGGAUCUACGGAGCAGGCAGUUCGUCUUCACGAUCCGCUGCAGGGAAUCAUAAACAAUGCAAUGCAACAGCACACCUCCACAGCAACAGAAAUGCGCCUGACAUUGAAACCAUCAAAUCCAAAAGCAGUUCCAGCAUACCUAAUAGGACUUCAGCACAAGCAGCUUCCCUGCAGUCAGUGAACAGAGCAUUCACUGCCUUGGAUUCAGGUGCCACAGCUCAGACUCAUGCCGUGGGCAAAAGAGCCAAGGGGACGAGGCAGAACCAGCAGCCAACACAGCAGCAGGCACCGGCUUUGGCGGAGCAGCCUCUCCAGCAACCCCCAGCAUCCGGGCCUCAGCAGCAAGAGCAACAGACUGAAAGUGCUUUGCCACAGCUCCCACUUCUUGGCCCGCCUCAUGCCGAAUGUGCCAGCAGCAGGAGGCAUAGCUCGGAGGAUUCAGAUCUCACUGGGCUCAUAGAAACUAUGGAGAAAGACUUUGACCACCCAGAAUCCCCUUGCCCAGAUGUGUUUACAGAGCAGCCCCCAUCUCCACUAGCAAAAAACAAAGGGAAAGGGAAAGCACUUCAGCGUAAGCCUAAGCCACAGAAGAAGCGGGAAGAAAAGGACAGAAGAGGGAAAGGAAAGCAACAGGAGGAUGAACUGAAGGAUUCCUUGGCAGAUGAUGACAGUUCUUCAACCACAACCGAAACUUCCAACCCAGAUACAGAACCACUUCUCAAAGAGGAACCUGAAAAACAAAAGGGAAAAGUUAUACCAGAAAAACCUGAAAAUGAAAUAGUCCCAGUAAAACAGAAAACUAAGAAACUGCUAACAAGUAUCAAGAAAGAAAUCCCUGUAGAUGGGAAACCCAG